CAAUCAACGGGGUAAAGGCCCCCAGUUGAUGACGAGUCCCGACCUCCAGAAGGGCUUCGAGAAGCUCAGCAAACUUCGAGGCCUGUGUUUCAUGUCCACGCUAAUCCCACCUGGGUUAAGGUGGGAUAAGGUGGUCACCGCCAAGUCAUGCCUCUAAAGGGCAAGUCCCUGAGAGCUACGCUCCAGGCUGCACCACUGCACUGCACUGCACUGCACUGCACUAGAGCACCUCCAGGGCAUAACUCUGUGAUUGGGUUCGUCAAAGAGAUUUCAAGUUGCUGCCCCACCUCCAAACCCACCCAUUUGGCUAUCCAAUGGAACGCUUUAUCCUCAACCCUGGGUCCCAACGAGGGAGUUAAAUUUAAAACCACGCUCAAUGGGCAAGACCCGGGAUCCAGAUUCCCCAGUUCUUCACAUCAUGAAUUCAUUGACAGCUGAGGUCGCGGAUAACUCAUGCUAUGCACACUGUACUCUCUUCCGUCUCCUUGUGACCACGGGUGCGUGUGGUUUGGGAUGAACCAGCUGGAGAGAGGCAGAGGGUCAGGGGUAAAACGGUCUUCUGCCAU